GUUCAAUAUGCUUCCUCCCAAAAAGCUGUUUGCUCCGAGCUGUCAAUUCACUGUUGGAGCCAAACGGCUUCCAUUCAGAGUGUGUUGAUGCGCUUUUACGCACAAAAUUGAGUGCGUAAAUGUAAACAAUGUCCUUUAAUUACAACCAUUACUUCGGGGUAAAUAUUUUAAACAAACAUCAGCAGAAAGAACUCUUGAUUGAGUGGGUUUGUUACCCCCUCCCUGCUCGCGCGCAGAGGAGGGAGUGUCCUCAUUCUCCGUUUUAAAGCGGAACCGCCCUUCAAAUUCACAAGUGUGCACAGCGAAACAAGGUGCCACACAAAGACGCGCAGCGGGGCAGGCAGGAUCCACGCACGACUUUUUAUGGAAAUUACGCGCAGCUCGAGUGUCAGAAGCUGUUGGCGCAGAAACAUGAGUGCUCGGGCUUUGCGAGACUGAUCGGACUUCCAGCCUGCUUGCAAAGCACAACUUCGCUGCCACUUUUUGUUGGUGGGGGGGACUGUUUGUGCGCACAAGCCAGAGAUGGAGAGGAUGACCUCUGCGUGGUGCGUGCUGGUUACCCUCAUCCUGCACGGGACGCGCAGCUUGGCGGCCAAAGAGCUGCAGUGUCAGGAGAUCUCCGUUCCUCUUUGUAAAGGUAUCGGCUACAACUACACCCACAUGCCGAACAAGUUUCACCACGACACGCAGGACGAAGCCGGGCUGGAGGUGCACCAGUUCUGGCCCCUUGUGGAGAUAAAGUGCUCCCCGGACUUGCGCUUCUUCCUGUGCAGCAUGUACACACCGAUCUGUCUGGAGGAUUACAAGAAGCCGCUGCCGCCGUGCAGGGGCGUGUGCGAGCGCGCCAAAGCCGGCUGCGCUCCUCUCAUGAGGCAGUACGGCUUUCCCUGGCCGGACCGGAUGAGGUGCGACUUGCUGCCGGAGCAAGGCAACCAUGACUCGCUGUGCAUGGACUACAGCAGCCAGACCACUACCGUGUCCCCAGCGCUGGCUAAGCCGACCAACCGCCCUCUGAAGCCUUACAACAAGAGGAAGGGCCCCUACGGUCGCACCUUCCCAGGUAAACACAAACCUGCAGGGUCCCCGUGUGAGGCGGCCUGCUCCUGUCGCGCGCCUAUGGUGCCUGUGUCCAGCGAAGGACACCCGCUGCACAACCGCGUCCGAACGGGGCAGAUCGUAAACUGUGCCGUGCCGUGCUACAACCCAUAUUUUACGCAAGAGGAGAGGACUUUUACAUCAUUCUGGAUCGGCCUGUGGUCCAUCCUGUGCUUCAUCUCAACUUUCACAACUGUGGCCACGUUUCUGAUCGACAUGGAGAGGUUCAAGUACCCGGAGCGGCCUAUCAUCUUCUUGUCCGCCUGCUACAUGUUCGUGUCCGUGGGCUAUAUUGUCAGACUAGUCGCUGGGCACGAGGAAGUGGCGUGCAACAUGUGGAACGGCGCAGGAUACAUCCACUACGAAACAACGGGCCCUGCGCUAUGCACCAUCGUCUUCCUGCUCAUCUAUUUCUUCGGCAUGGCCAGCUCCAUCUGGUGGGUGAUCCUGUCGCUCACCUGGUUCCUCGCUGCAGGAAUGAAGUGGGGCAAUGAAGCAAUUGGCAGCUACUCGCAGCACUUCCACCUGGCGGCCUGGCUUAUCCCCAGCAUGAAGUCCAUCGCAGUUCUGGCUCUGAGCUCGGUGGACGGGGACUCAGUGGCGGGGGUGUGCUAUGUGGGGAACCAGAACCUAGACAGCCUACGGGGGUUUGUGUUGGCGCCGCUCGUUAUCUACCUGGUCAUCGGCACCAUGUUUCUGCUGGCCGGGUUCGUCUCGCUCUUCCGCAUCAGAAGCGUCAUCAAGCAGGGGGGGACCAAGACCGACAAGCUGGAGCGGCUGAUUAUCCGGAUCGGAGUUUUCACGGUUCUUUACACGGUCCCGGCCACUGUCAUCGUGGCCUGUUACUUUUACGAGCAGCACAACAGGCAAGCGUGGGAAAUUACGCACAACUGUACGUGCGCCACGGAGCCGAGCAAGCAGAGACCGAACUAUGCCGUGUUCAUGCUCAAGUACUUCAUGUGUCUGCUGGUGGGGAUCACGUCGGGGGCCUGGAUCUGGUCCGGGAAGACGUUGGACACGUGGAGGACUUUCUGCAGGCGCUGCUGCUGGGGCAGCAAAGCCUCCGCGAGCUCCAUGUACAGCGACGUUAGCACGGGGCUGACGUGGAGGUCCGGCACAGCCAGCUCCGUCUCCUGCCCCAAACAGAUGUCACUGUCCCGGGUUUGAGCAGGAGCCAUGAGGGGGGCAUUUUAAUGAAAAAAAAAGAGAGACAGAAGCUUAUCAGCUCUUUAUGGCCUGAAAAAGACUGAAUGAAUGUUUUUAUUUAGUAAAUUAUUAAGUUUUAGUAAUUUAGUUUGGUCACCAGCUUUUUCUUUUUGCCUUAUCCAAAGGACGUGCAUGUUGGGACUUGGAAUGAGCAUGAGAGGUUGACUAACUGUCUGGAUUGUCCAUCAGCGUGUUGUAAUUAGCACAUUAAUGAGCGCCUAAUGGCCUCUCCUUGAAUAAUGAGGCUGCCAGCAGCAGAACAAUGUACCUGGCACGAAGAAUCCCGUGUCUUAUCUGGGCUUUAAAUAAAUGCGCUCAGCUGACAAGAUCCCCUUGUCGUUCCCCGCUGCUGCGUCUCCCCUGCGACUGUGAAGAACCGCUGUGUCUUAAACAUCCACGCCCCGCCUGCAUGCAGCUGCUGAGCUGCUCAGCCCUACUCUCUGUCCAAUGCCUUAACACACUGAUUGUCUCAUACGGGUUGCAUAUGCGCAUAAAAGUGUAUUUAUAUAAUUAUUGGUGUAGAAAUGCUGUGAAUUUGUAUAUGAAAUUUUACAAGGAUGUACAUAUGUAUAAUUCACCCUUUGAUAGAAGAUUUUAUUUUGAAAUUAAAAUAACUUUUAUGGAUUA